AAAGUCCCUUUGAAAGUUUCUAAAGUCACAUAAAAAAACAGGAUGGGAGCGGUGAAGUAGUCAAGAAAUACGAUGACUUACAGUUACGUCAAUGAAUUUACUCACAGAAAUGGAUUUAAGCUAACUAUGAGGAAUUGGAAGCUUUUACUGGAACAUAUGCAAGGAAGUUAUUCUAUGUAACUACUUUUUAAUAUCGCACUACUCAUAUAUAAACAUCUUUUUCAAAUCACGCACUUCUGCUUCCGACGCGUCUAAGUGAUCGAUAGAGAUUUGUCGAAGUCUUUGUUAGGCAGUUCGUUUUGGAUUGCUAUAGUUUCGAGUCACUGGAAAACCUAUAUUUAAAUUGUUUUUAGCAUUUAUUUACUAGAUUUAUCCUAUAAUUCUCAAGUGAACUGGUUGAUUCUCAAACAGCUCAAAUUCAGUUUAUUAGAAGUGUAUAACAAAAAUCCGAUGAUAGUAAUAAAUCCAGUUGGUAUUCAAAACUGAACAAGAAAACCGUAAUCACACACACACUUUCAAAUAUGCUUUAAAUAAUUUUAAUAGAUGUCAUUCAGGCUUUGAGUAUUUCAGUGAUUGUGUCUAACUGUAGGGAAAUCAUUUUUCUUCAAGUUUCAUAGACAACAAAUAUCAUUGAAUACAAAAACUAGUGUCAUAGCCCUACACAGAUUUUCAAGAAUUGGUUUGUAGGCAUUUCACUUGUUUUCAAGUUUGACCACGGAUCGAUAUCACUUAGACAAGCAGUGAAAACCAGGGAGUACAUUGGGCAGCUGUUUUCUCCUAACGUUUUCGGUACUCAUGGGCCAUUGAGUCAGAUCCGAUUGGUUGAUUGGUCGGUCUAUGCGCUUGCCUUGUAACCGGAAGGUCCCGGGUUCGGACACCACGUACUUGUUUAAAGUGUCUAUUUUAACCACUUAUCUACUUUUUUUAAUUAUCACAAUAUAUUCUAACAUUAAUUACUUUUAUUUGCUUUCCUUCUAGUGUUAUAGUAUACACACUUAUUGAAAGGAAAGAAAACAAACAAACCUAAUUAGAUGUUCAAACCAGUAAUUGCUGCUUGAAUACCAGAAGCAAACUUUAAUUCAAGAGCAAAAUUAUCAUUCGAUGUAUUUUUAACAGUGAUCCUGGAACUUCCCCUAUUUUUCUCCUCUGGCGAUCUGAUUUGCUAAAGUUUUAUGGAAAAAAAGAAAGCUUUUGUUCAGUUAAAAGAGUGAAUGGUGAAACAAUAUGUCGUCUCGACCUCAGUUCGUGAAAAGACCACCUUUAAAAGAAUUGAAAUCUGAAGAACCGUUAACAUCAGGAUUUAAGUAUUAUUCUUGUCAAGGGAAACUUACUAUCCCAAAUGUCUGUCAAGAUUUGGCAUUUUCAACUGACGAUUUAAUCGAUGAAGGCGAGAUUGGUCGAGGUGCUUAUGGAUUUGUUAAUCGUAUGUUACAUGUACCAACACAGACAGUGAUGGCAGUCAAGAGAAUUCGUUCAACGCUAAAUGAACGAGAACAGAAAAAUACACUGAAAGAUUUAGAUGUUGUUAUGAAUUCAGCAAAUUGUCCUAAUAUUGUCCUAUUUUAUGGUGCAUUAUUUAAAGAAGGCGAUUGUUGGAUUUGUAUGGAAAUGAUGUCCACUUCGUUAGAUAAAUUUUAUAAAUUUGUCUAUAAUCAUUUACAAUCACGAAUUCCUGAAAGUAUUCUCGGGAAAAUUACUACAGCGACUGUAUCAGCUUUGGAUUAUUUGAAAACUGCGCUCAAAGUAAUUCAUCGAGAUGUGAAACCUUCAAAUAUUCUUAUCGAUUGUAAUGGCAAUGUGAAAUUGUGUGAUUUUGGUAUCUCUGGUCAACUAGUUGAUAGUAUUGCUCGAUCACGUGAUGCCGGAUGUAAACCGUAUAUGGCGCCAGAACGUAUUCAUCCAGAUUUAAGUGUUAACGGUUAUGAUAUACGCUCAGAUGUAUGGAGUUUAGGUAUAACACUAAUUGAAUUAGCCACUGGUCAAUUCCCAUAUCCAGCAUGGAAUUCUGUUUUUGAACAAUUGACGUGUGUUCUACACGAUGAUCCGCCCAGUUUACCAGAAUAUAUUCGUUCACCAAUUCAAAUGUCAUCAUCAACAACAACACUUGUCAAUAUUGACUACCAUUCAAACAGUAACAACAACAACAGUAAUUCAAAUGAGACUACACAGUCGAGUGAUUUUUCACCAGAAUUUCGUGAUUUUGUUUCUCAGUGUUUAAAGAAAGAAGUGAAAUCUCGACCAAAGUAUCAAGCACUCAUGAAUCAUCCCUUCUAUUUACGUUCUCUUGCUGAAGUUGUUAAUGUCGGCAGAUAUUUCCAAUCUGUACUAGAUAAAGUUCCAGCUGAUAUGAAUAUGAAUGAAUUAGGUCAAAUGAUGAGUGGAUAAAUGAGACUAGAUAGAAAAGAAGAACUGGACGAGAUAAGUCACACAAAACCAUUCCAUAGUGUGUGUGUGUGUGUGUGUGUGUGUAUUCAAAUGCAAAUAUAUAUAUAAACGUGUAUAUCAGAGGUUUACAAAUUAUGAUUUCAAUUUUCCCGCUUAAACACGCCAUACAUUCAAUGUUCAAUAUAUUUUAUUUAAACUAAUAAAACCUUCUAACAAAAGGAUAGAGACGUAGAAACAGACACAGUAUAUUAUUUAUUUAUGUGUAUAUGUAUAUAACUUAAAGAAAUUCUACUCUUUCUAUGAUAAUAUGAUUCAUUUUAGUAUUCUGUUCUGUCUGUCUGUUUGUGUGUUUGUUUUUUCACACAAAUCUUGACCAAUCAACAUCCUAUCAUUUCUUACUCAUCUUUAUACAAUCGAAAUUUAUCUUAUUUUGUUUUUCCCACUUAGCAACACCGACUACUCAUCAAAGAAAUUCUUUCUUUAAAGCUAAAAAUCUAUUGUCAUCAAGUGAAAGAGAGAGAGAUUUGUAUAAAUUAAAAAUUUAGUGUACCAUUUCCUUUUUUUGGGGUCAUCUUCAUCUACAUUCAUAAAGCUUCACACAUUAGUAGAAGUUAUUCUUAUUGCUAAUAAUAAGUGUAGCUAUAUAACAUCAGUUACCG